ACUAUUUCCCAAACAAAGCCAAGACAACCCUCCAGCUGACUGAUGUCAUGGAUUUAUUGCAGUGUGUUUACGCUAGUAAUGAGGCAAUCAAAAGUUUCCACAAACACUGAGUCAUUUACCUAUUUUUACAAUGCGCAUGUAACUUAAGACUCGUAAAUCAAAAAGAAACAUCAUGUAGCCUACUGUAUGUGAUGAGGGGAUAGUUGCAAUCCCGUUUGGCAGGUGUCCUGACUGUCAGGAAAGGAAGUGUGUUACAUCACACUAUCAACCUCUAGGGUCAGUCCGCUUUCCCAAACGAAGUUUACAGUACAUCGGGAUUGAUUUAAUUUCCAUGCUGGAUGGAUAUAUGAGUUUGUUGAAACCCUAACUCUUCCACUGAGUCCACAAAGCUAAAUUAGAAGGCUAUUUAAAUGUUGUUUUAAAAAUAUAAUACGCUCAAUUGGAUUGAAAGCAAUGUGAGUUUGUUGGAAAAGACAAGGAAGUUAAAUCUUUGGAACUCCACCUGUCAGUGUCCUAUCAUUUGAUGAAGACUACCGGCGGCGGAUGUCUAUUGAAGAAUAAGGAAUCCAGAAAAGCAUUACAUCUGCCGAAACGUUGGCUAUUCUGUCUUCUGUAGUGUCCGUGUUGGCUACAUUGUUGCUGGAACUUUCCGUGUUUCGUGUUCUGUCUGUCUGUAGCCUCUAACUCCAGUAGCUGAUAAGACCCACUACUAAUCUGCCCAUAGUUAUAAACAAGUGAUUGUGGUGCAAUUCUAGGUUACAACAACAGAAACUUUGGACCAUCAUUCCUCAUCUGAGAAUUUCUUAUGGUCACUUAGCCGAUGUGGCUUAGCUUCCGCUUUCACAAACCUGACCGCUUGGAUAGUAAUGAGAUAGCAUUGUUGGACCCGCGUGCACUUCACCUAGGCUACCUCUCCACGGUUUCAGGCACUGAGGACUGAGUUCAAAUUUUCAAAACUAUUUUACCAACAGCCUACAGUGUGUAACGUUAGAUGAGUUAACACAAUUUCGAGGCUGAUUUCACCUCGUCAGUGACACCUGUUGCUAUUCCGUGAUCGUCUGGUAGCUGCUAGUGAGAAGCCUACACGAAUGAAACUGGUGUAAUAAGUUUCCUCAUGUAGAUUUUGAACACUUUUUAGGGAUAUCGGAUGUUAACGGCGACAUGAAGGUAACAGUAAAUUUCGGAAAAACUCGCGUAGUUGUUCCGUGUAAGGAUGGCUGGUUUGUACGGGAUCUUAUGGAACAGGCUACCCAAAGAUACAGGAAGAUUGUCGAACAGGAUGGGGAGGUGCGCGUGCGGACGCACCACGUGGAGUACGCCGACGGGGGGAUCCUGGACCCAGAUGACAUGCUGACUGACCUGGUGGAGGACCGCGACAAGCUGGUUGCGGUGUUUGAGGAGUUCGACGUCCAGCAGAGGGCAGCGGUGAGCCCAGGGGGCAGCGUGGCAUCUGGACGCUCCAGCUCCCCUGACCGCCCCGACCCGGAGAUCAGCGCUCUGAUGCCGGCCAGCGGCAGUGAGAUCGAGGUGACCAGCUCAGCCCUCAAGUCCAAUACUCCUCUGAUGGUGCGGAGCAGCAGUGAUUCAGCUCUGGCCGUGCCACAAGAGCUGGAGGCCCCAGAGCCCAGACGCAGCCCCGACACCAGCCUGCCCUCAUCCUCACCCCCGGCCCCAGCCACGGCCAGAGCCCCAGCCACGGGGGCCAGCCAUGCUGCUCUGAGCCAGCCACAGAGUAAGGGUGGAGCCAUGGAGAGAGUGAGGAACCCCAAAUUCACCAGCAGUACCCUGACAAAGACAGUGGAGUUCACAGGAGAUCUGGGACCACUGGGAAUCAAAGUGGUGCCAUACUGCUCCUCUCUCAGUGGAAGGUCCCUGGGUCUUCAUGUGUGUGGGCUAGAAGACAGCGGUCGUGCCAAGAAGGAGGGCAUCUUUCAGGAGGAUGAGUGUAUCGUGCAGAUCAAUGACACUCUACUAAUGGACAAGUCAUUCACCCAGUCCCAGGAAGUCUUCAGGCAGGCGAUGACCUCUUCCUCUCCGGUGCGUCUGGAGGUGCUGCCCAUGUCCAACAAGCUCCGCUACGAGAAGACCCUGAUCAGCCAGCUCUUCACCAACGACGGGUCUGGCGACGGGAACUUGUCCAAACCCCGUAGCCCUCUUCUGCUGCGCCCCAAACUGGAGGCCCUGCGGGAGAGCCCCGCGUCCACACCACCCUCUCGCUCCCCGGAUCUGCCAGCUGCCGCUCCCGCCGUUGCCCCCGCUGUUGCCCCCGCUGUUGCCCCCGGCCCAGCUCCAGCUCCAGCACCUGCCCUGGCUGUUGCCCCUGCCCCUGUUCGAGCUGCCACCCCUCAGAGAGAGGAGCCCUCGGCCAGAAACACGCCCGAGCUGCCGCGCUCCGCCCAGUCCACGCCGCCCCGCGCGUCCUCCGCGUCCCCCACGCUGGCCAAGGGCUGCAGCGAGAGCCCCAUGUCCAAGAAGGGCCCCGCCCUCGCCACGCUGGUCAACCUGGCCAAUAAGAAAGGAGGGAAGAAGAUGAAGAUCGACCUGAAGAAAGGCACUGACGGUUUGGGUUUCACCGUGGUGACGCGCGACUCCUCGGUCCACGGCCCCGGGCCCAUCCUGGUCAAAAGCAUCCUGCCCAAAGGGGCCGCCAUCAAAGAUGGACGGCUGCAGUCGGGUGACCGCGUCCUGGAGGUGAAUGGCGUGGACAUCACAGGGCGCACUCAGGAGGAGCUGGUGGCCAUGCUGCGCAGCACCAAGCUGGGGGAGAGCGUCUCCAUGGUGGUGGCUCGGCAGGAGGAGAUGUUCCUGCCUAGAGAACUGAAAGGGGAGCAGACAGGUGUGCCAAUGUCAGAGGAGGGACGGGAGCAGCUGAUGUUCGAGGUGCCCCUGAGUGACUCCGGCUCGGCCGGCCUUGGGGUCAGCCUCAAAGGCAACAAGUCCCGCGAGACCGGCGAGGACCUGGGCAUCUUCAUCAAGUCCAUCAUCCAUCACACCAUCUUCCAGGAUGGCCGGCUGCGCGUGAAUGACCAGCUCAAGGCCAUCAACGGCGAGUCGCUGGUGGGCCGCUCCAACCACGACGCCAUGGAAACGCUGCGGCGCUCCAUGUCCAUGGAGGGCAACCUGCGCGGCACCAUCCAGCUGCUGGUCAUGCGCUCCUCCCCUGCCCAGAGGAAGCAUCAUGUCCACUGGGGCCCACCAACAUUUGAGGAGCCUGUGGAGGUGGUAUCUAAUCAGAAUCUGCUUCCGGAGAGUUCUCAGCUCAGCCUGCCGCCAAUGGUGGUCAACAGCAUUUACGACAGUGCGCCAGGGUCUCUUCGAUCCUCCAAUGGCAGUUAUGAGCCUCCAGAGGAAGACUAUGAUGAUGAAGGUUUCCCCCCUCCUCCUUUACACCUGACGGUGGAAUCCAACAUGCCUCAGCCCACAUACGGAGCAGAAAGGGGGACCAGAGACCACUCACCCUACGCAUCUUAUCGGUUGCCAGAGCAACAACCACAGAGCCUACCCAACUACAACAGGAACUCCAAGAGCAUGGACCUGGUGCCCGAUGAGAGCAACGUUGGAUCUCUGGCCGGACCUGCUGCAGGUGCUGCUGCAGGUGCCGGUCUGGAGCUCGGCCCUGGCCUCGGCCUCCAGAAGUCCAGCUCUCUGGAGAGCCUGCAGACCGCCAUGGCUGAGGCCGGGAAGAUGGAGGUGCCCUUCCAUCGCCCCUCCACCCACAUGGUGCGCGGCCGCGGCUGCAACCAGAGCUUCCGCAACGCCAUCGACAAGUCCUACGACGGGCCCUCGGAACCUGAGGAUGAUGACUACUCCGAUGAGACCUCUGGUGGAGACACGCCCAGCCAGGAGCUGGAUGAUGGGGGGAAGAAGAAGAAGAAGAAGAAAAAGAAGGACAAGAAAAAAGACAAAAGCAAAUCGGAUGACCCGGAGAAGAAGACCAAGAGGAAAUUUGGAUUGCUCAGGUUCGGGAAGAAAAACAAAGACAAAGCUAAAGGCAAGCUUGAUGCUCUGAGUGAGGAGGAAUUAGACCGCAAGACUGAAGGCUCAAGGAGUGAGGUGGACAGCCCCACUCCUGACCGAGUGUUGCUGCCGGAUGUGGAGGACGACGAUCUGGACCCCAACUACGCCCGCAUCAACAACUUCCGCCAGCCCCCUGUGUCCACCGCCGCUGUUGCCCAAUCCCCUUACCUGGCCCACGCCCCCUCCCCCACCCUCGCCCACGUCCACUCACACAGCCGGGAGUCGUCCAGUGAGGACCCGCGCGAGGGCCUCUACGCCAAAGUCAACAAGCAGAGAGCCCCACCCCCAGCAGUGACGGACAGUAAUGGGGAGCGGUUGCAGCAGAUCAGGCGAGACCUCCAGCGCUCAGCUCCGACUUAUGAGGUGGAGACUCUGCGUUGGCCCACGCAGGACUACGACCCCACACGGAUUCCAAUGAGUGCUGCUGACCAGCGGAUGGCUCCCCGAUAUGAAGAUGUGUAUUCUCUCCAAAGGCGGAUGCCAGCUGUGGACGACCGCGCUCCCCAGCACUACUCUCCUAAGAGGGAGCCGGCCAGGUACCAGGCCCCCGCGCCGCAGUACAACUACCCGCCGCAGCGAGAGACCUACCAGCUCAACUACCAGCCGGCCUACCCGCUGCGCGAGAGCUACUCCAUGCCGGACAGCUACCCCGGGCGGCAGGCGCAGAUGCAGGCCCAGGGGCCGGGGUCACCGCGGCUGCCCGUGCCACGCUCGGCCGAGCUGGAGCGCCGCUACCGGCCCUCGCCCACCUACCUACCGGCCGCCCGCCCGUCCGCGGGUGCCGCUAAUGGGGCGUGCCCCCUCCUCCUCGCCCACGCUGCCGCUCCGCCUUCCGCCUUCUGA